AUGCCUCUCACGGCGCGACAACGAAGUAUACAUAAUAAAAAUGGAGCAAAAAGGGCUACAAGUUUUAGUAAAGGGAAGCGGAAAAUAAGCGAAGGAGAGUUCCUGGUAACAAAUGCACCGUCAGACUUACGUACCAUAGCAUAUCCCGGUGGUGCUGUGGCCUUAGCCUUACUCCUGUUUGCUCGCAUCUUAUCUGCGUAUUAUGGCCAAAUAGCAGACUGUGAUGAAACAUUUAAUUAUUGGGAACCAUUGCAUUAUUUAGUCUAUGGAAACGGUCUUCAAACAUGGGAGUAUAGUCCUGUCUAUGCCUUACGUUCUUAUCUACCGCUAUGGUUAUUCGCCGUACCCGCUAAAAUACUGUCGUGGUUCAUGACUCCAAUCACCGUGUUCUACUCAUUAAGGGUACUGUUGGCUGUGCUGAGCUCGUGUGCAGAAUUCAUGUUUUACAAAGCGGUAUGCCAUGAGUUCGGUGUCCACGUCGGUCGGGUGUGGUUAAUGCUAACCUUGCCGGCUGCAGGCAUGUUCAUGUGCAGUUCAGCCAUGCUGCCUUCUGCAUGGAGCAGUGCGUUAAUCAGCGGCGCAUUGGCUUGUUGGUGGCGUCGAAGAUAUCCACCGGCCGUGUUGCUUACUGCCGCUUCGGCUAUUCUUAGUUGGCCAUUCACAGCACUUCUUGGUCUGCCAAUCGCAAUAGACAUGUUGUUCAUCAAACGUCAAGUUUAUGACUUCAUGAAGUGGUCAGCCAUUGCCCUUCUCGUCAUUCUGCUGCCGACCAUUGCAGUCGACUCUUGGCACUAUGGGAAGCUCACCAUUGCCCCGUGGAAUAUCGUAGCGUACAACAUAUUUACGGAACACGGUCCUUCUCUGUAUGGCGUUGAACCCUGGACAUAUUACUUCGUGAAUGGAUUUCUUAAUUUUAAUGUAGUGUGGGUAUACGCAGUGUCGUGCCCGCUGCAGCUGGCGGCGUGCUUCGUGCUGGCGCCGCGCUCCACCGAGCGAGCUGCGUUCUGCGCGCCCUACUGGCUCGACCUGCUGCCGCUGGCGCUGUGGCUGCCCGUCUUCAUGCUGCAGCCGCACAAGGAGGAGAGGUUCUUAUACCCGGUGUACAGUAUGAUCGUACUGGCCGGAGCCGUGGCGUUGGACUGCCUGCAGAAGAUGACAUUCGCUGUUGGUACUGAGCUGUUCCGAUGGAGGAAGGAGAGGGAGAGGCGACAUUAUCUCUCUUACACCGGGCCGUUGAUGGUCAUAUGUGUGUUGGUCGCUGGAGUCGGUGGUAUAUCCCGCAUAGCAGCCCUGUACACGAACUACCACGGUCCCAUGACGAUCCUGCGCCAUCUGCCGCCUGCCCCGGACCACGCGCAGCUCAACGUCUGUUUCGGCAAGGAGUGGUACCGCUUCCCCUCCAGCUUCCACCUGCCACAAGCCUACGCCACCAGGUUCAUUAGUAGCGACUUUACUGGUCAAAUGCCUGCGCCUUUCGCUAAAGGACAUAAUGCUACUCGCCUUAUCCAUCCUCACUUCAACGAACAAAAUAAAGGCGACAACAGAACAUACCUGAACCCAAGCCAAUGCCAUUACCUCGUGGACUCUGACGCUGGCAACCCCACGACUCUUCAACCAUUCUACCACAAAGAUCCGUCGUUUGAGAUAGUCGCAAGUGUGCCCAUACUCGAAGCGAGUAAGUCCCAUCAGGUGUUAAGAGCAUUCUAUGUGCCAGUGCUGUCUAGUAAAAAUACUGUGUUCGCGAAUUUAUAUUUGUUAAAGAAUAAAUUAGUUUUGUGA